AUGGGUUCCAUCGAUCCAGAUAAACCAGUUUCUCUACUACAUCCAGCGCCUGCGACACCCAUUCCGACGACGUCAUGGCAUACCUACCUUUCCUACGGCGCAGGCCAGAUAGAGUACGAUACCAUUGUAUCGCAACGAAACCCGUGUAUUCGAACACUUCGACAGGAAAGACGCGCAAAGAGCAGGUGGUUUCUACAACCUCCCGCCGCUCAAGGAAUGCCGCAAUUGGGUGCUAAUGUCGAAUCUACACAAAGCGCAAUGUUUCCAUACCCAGAAGCUUUCAAGCAAGUCAUGUUUCCAGUAAAUCCUGUCCCGCGACGUGAUGAGGAACAUGGAGAUACGGAUGGUAAUUCAGUUGAUCUUCAAAACCCAAGGCCACCGGAAACAGAAAGGAUAGAACAGAGGGCUCUUGUGUCUACGUCUGUUUUCGGCAUUUCACGUACUACAGCUAUUGAAUUCGAGUCAAGGAACCAGCCGACAUAUGUUGUUUUGGGCAUAUUUUCACGUGGCGCUCUCAACCCGAAAGAACGAAUCGUGUUCAUUGAUAAGCCAGAACAAUUCUUCUCAAAGCUCAGGUGGGGGAGCUUUCGCCUGCGUGGGAUGAGAGGAACCCUACUAUCUUUGAAGCAUCUCGCAGCAUUCAGGCUUUACAAGUGCGAUGUUAAUACCGGGAAACAUGACCACGUCAACCUAGAUGCUAACGGGGUUGCUGAUUUAUAUCUUCUGUUGAGUACAUACAAGAGCUGGCAUGUCCCCCAACAUAUCUCUCGAGCUUGGGCAGAUUGGACUCAUCGCACGCUAAACAAUCAGCGACUCGACGUCCUAGAAGGUGGAUACGCCCUUGAGCUGGUUCUAGACUGGUCGAUUACACGCAUCACAAUCGUGGUCUUGGUACCUGUUCUUCUGAGCUUGGCCAUUGGGAUAUGGCUCAACGCGAAGGAUUGGACGGAUCUUGCAACGAUACAGACGGCUUGGGGUACUGCUUCAUACAUCGUUACGGCUGGCGCUUUGCUUGCAGCGAUGUUGGGAUUCUUGGACAUUGCGGAUAAAUAA